UGACUUUGUCACCGCCUCAUACUCACUCACUGAGCUCACAAAGAUGCGGGUGACGCGGACGACGUUGGUGGCAUGGUGCGUGUGCGUGGUUGCGGUGGUUGUGGCGUGCCUGGUGGCGACGAGCGAGGCGAGGACGCCGUCGUACUACUCAGUGCUCGGAGUGACGGCCAAGGCGAGCAAGCGGGAGAUCAAGCGGGCGUAUCGGAAGCUCUCGCGGGAGUUGCAUCCGGACAAGAACCCUGAUGAUCCGGAUGCAAACAGCAAGUUCAUGGAAGCGGCGCGGGCGUAUGAGGUCCUCACCGACGAGAAGCUGAGGCAGAUCUACGACCGCGGCGGAGUCAAGGCCGUGGAGAAGCACGAGAAGCAGGCGGCUUCGGGCCAUGGCGGCGGGUUCAAUCCGUUUGACAUGUUUGGCUUCAACCGCGGCGGCGGCGGCGGCAACCAGGAGCGGCGAGGGCCGUCGAUCGAGAUCGAGUUUGAGGUCGCGCUCGACGCGCUCUACGAGGGCACCGCGCUCGAGGCGCAGUUUGCCAAGCAGGUCAUCUGCCCCGAGUGCGACGGGACCGGCGCCGAGGAUCCCGACGACGUGCAGACGUGCCCAGUGUGCGGCGGCCGCGGCGUCAAGAUUACCCGCCACCAGAUGGCGCCGGGCUUUGUCCAGCAGAUGCAGACAACGUGCGACAAGUGCGGCGGCAAAGGCAAGAUUGUCAAGUCGGUCUGCCGCGCCUGUCGCGGGCGCAAGGUCGUCCCGGGCUCGUCGGUCAUCGACAUUGUGCUCGAGUCGGGCACGCCCGACGGCCACCGGGUCGAGUUCCCCAUGGAGGCCGAUCAGGCUCCCGACAUGGUGCCCGGCGACCUUAUCUUUGUCAUCAAGACCGCGCCGCAUCCGACCUUUACCCGUGACGCCAACCAGGUCGACCUUCAUACCUCGGCCACAAUCUCGCUCCUCGACGCGCUUGUCGGCUUCUCGACUCCGCUGGUUCACCUUGACGGCCACACCGUUGACCUUGAGAACGUCGGCAUCACCCGCCCAGGCCAGGUCAUCAAGAUCGCCGGCGAGGGCAUGCCGCACUUUGAGACGCCUGACAUCCGCGGCGACCUGUAUGUCACCGUCCACAUCCGCAUGCCGGCCCGCCUUUCGUCGGGCCAGAAGGACCAGCUGCGGAAGAUCCUUGCCGAGUGACGCGCCGAUAAAGUGCAGCAAUGACCCC